AUGGCAGCGCUGGCGGCUAGAGUAUCCCAGCAGCAGGUGGCAGCUGAAGGUCUUGGCUUCAGCCAGAAAGCCGUGAAGUACUUGGGCCAGGACUUUGAGACCCUGAGGCAGAAGUGCUUGGACUCAGGGGUCCUAUUUAAGGAUCCAGAGUUCCCAGCGUGCCCAUCAGCCUUGGGCUACAAGGAUCUUGGACCAUGCUCCCCCCAAACUCAAGGCGUUGUUUGGAAGCGGCCCACGGAAUUGUGUCCCAGCCCUCAGUUUAUCGUUGGUGGAGCCACGCGUACAGACAUUUGUCAGGGUAUGGUAGGUGACUGCUGGCUGCUGGCGGCCAUUGCCUCCCCCACCUUGAAUGAAGAACUGCUUUACUGCGUGGUCCGCAGGGACCAGAGCUUCCAGGAGAACUACAGGGCGAUCUUUCAUUUUCAGUUCUGGCAGUACGGCGAGUGGGUGGAGGUGGUGGUGGACGACAGGCUGCCCACCAAGGACGGGGAGCUGCUCUUCCUGCACUCCGAGGAAGGCAGUGAGUUCUGGGGUGCGCUGCUGGAGAAGGCCUACGCCAAGGAAGUGGGUUCUUAUGAGGCUCUUGCUGGAGGGUCCACAGUGGAGGGGUUUGAGGAUUUCACAGGUGGCAUCUCUGAGUUUUAUGAGCUGAAGAAGCCACCAGCCAGUCUGUUUCAGAUCAUCCGGAAGGCCCUCCGAGCAGGGUCUCUGCUGGCUCGCUCCAGUGAUGUCUCCAGUGCAGCUGCAGCAGAAGCCAUCACCAGCCUGAAGCUGGUUAAGCGUCACGCAUACUCUGUCACUGGAGUCGAAGAGGUGGAUUUCCGGGGCCAUCCAGAGAAGCUGAUCAGACUCCGGAACCCGUGGGGCGAAGUGGAAUGGAUGGGGGCCUGGAGCGAUGAUCAUCCAAAGUGGAAUUACGUAGAUCCCAGGCAGAAAGAAAAGCUGGACAAGAAAGCUGACAAUGGAGAGUUCUGGAUGUCUUUUACGGAUUUCUUGAGGCAGUUCUCUGGGCUAGAGAUCUGCCACCUGUCCCUGGACUCCCUGAGCAGCGAGGAGGUGCACAAGUGGAACCUGAUUCUGUUCAGCGGGUGCUGGAUACGGGGCUCCACUGCCGGCGGCUGCCAGAACUAACCAGCCACUUACUGGACCAAUUCCCAGUUCAAAAUCUGUUUGGACGAGGUGGACGACCACCAGGAGGAGAGCACUGGUGAACCCUGCUGCACGGUGCUGCUGGGGCUGAUGCAGAAGAAUCGCAGGCGACAGAAGAGGAUGGGACAGGGCAUGCUCAGCAUCGGCCAUGCUGUCUACAAGGUCCCCAAAGAGCUGGAGAGCCACACGGAUGAGCACCUGGGCCGGGACUUCUUCCUGGGCCACCAGCCCUCCGCCCACUCCAGCACCUACGUCAACCUGCGCGAGGUCUCGGCACGUGUGCAGCUGCCCCCCGGGGAGUACGCGGUGGUGCCGUCCACUUUCGGGCCCUUCAAGGACGGCGACUUCUGCCUGAGGAGAGUGUUCUCGGAGAAGAAGGCCAAGGCCCUGGGCGUGUCCUUUCCCUCCGGGGUGGCGGGGAGCCCUGGCGAGCCACACCCCAGUGAGGUGGAUCAAGAAGACGGCCAGCUCAGGAGCCUGUUUGAGAAGCUUGCAGGGAAGGAUUCUGAGAUCAGUGUCAAUGAACUCAAGACGGCUCUGAAUGAGAUGUUUUCCAAAUGAACAGACGUCAAAUUCGAUGGAUUCAACAUCAACACUUGCAGGGAGAUGAUCAGCCUGAUGGAUAGCAAUGGGACAGACACCUUGGGGCUGGUGGAAUUCAAGACGCUCUGGUUGAAGAUUCAGAAGUAUCUGGAGAUCUAUCGGGAAACUGAUUAUAACCACUCGGGGACCAUUGAUGCCCACGAGAUGAGGACAGCCCUCAAGAAGGCAGGUUUCACCCUCAACAACCAGGUACAGCAGACCAUCGCCAUGUGGUAUGCAUGCAGCAAACUUGGCAUCGACUUUGACAGCUUCCUUGCUUGUAUGAUCCGCCUGGAGACCCUCUUCAAACUGUUCAGCCUUCUAGACAAGGACCAGAAUGACAUUGUCCGGCUCUCUCUGGCAGAGUGGCUGUGCUGUGUGUUGGUCUGA